ACCAGGAGUGAUCAAUAAAUCACUUGAAAUGAGUUUGAAACUCCGAAGUACAGAAUGUUAAAAUAUCAUUCUGAUUUAUUCGUGCACUAAAGCUGUACUACAAARAUGAGAAUCAUCUCAAAAAUUAUCCUUCUAGCCAUUUGUGUCAUCGUAUUUUUCGAGAUUUCAUUACUAUGGAUGUUUUCAGGAGAGAAUCUUAUAUCAAGUCCUACAAAAAGAAAUCAACAGUUUGACUCAACUGUAGCAGCUUCUCACAAAGAAAUUAUUUCUUCUAUAAAUACAGCCGCUUCUUUUGUUCAAAGUUAUGAACCAAGCUAUAUUCAACCACAAGCUCAGCUGAUCCAUGUAGCUGUCGUGGUUUGUGGGGAGCGCACGGAGGAAGCUACUACAAUGUUAAAAUCAGUCACUUUAUUCACAAAAAGACAGUUGUACUUUCACAUAUUGGCUGAGGAUGAGCACCACGAUAAAAUCAAAUCCAUCAUCAAUGUUUGGCCAUGUACUGAUGAUGGCCAAGUUGUCUAUAAGGUAUAUUCUCUGGAGUUUCCCAGUGGGAAAUCAAGUGGUGAAUGGAAGAGCCUUUUUAAACCUUGUGCAGCACAGAGAUUAUUUCUCCCAUCUGUGUUGAAGAAUAUUGAUAGCUUGAUCUACAUGGACACCGACUGUUUGGUUCUACGUCCUAUCGAGGAUGUUUGGCAGCAUUUUAGUGACUUCAAUUCAACACAGCUUGCUGCAGUGAGCCCAGAGGGGGAAGUACCAGGGCUUAAUUGGUACAAAAGGUUUGCAAGGCAUCCAUAUUAUGGUCAACUAGGAAUAAAUUCAGGUGUUAUGUUGAUGAAUCUGACAAGAAUGAGAUCACAUGACUGGGUAGAAAACAUGUUGGCAAUAUACAAAAAAUACAAACUGGAUAUCACCUGGGGUGACCAAGAUAUUCUGAAUAUAUUUUUCCAUUUUCAUCCAGAGCUGUUGUAUGUUUUUAAUUGUGAAUGGAACUUGAGGCCUGACCACUGUAUGUAUGGAAGCAACUGUAAAACAGCUCAAACCAAUGGUAUCUCAGUUCUCCAUGGUAACAGGGGAGCCUUUCAUGGAACAAAAUGGCCCGUCUUUAAGGCUGUGUAUGAUGCAAUAAAUGAAUAUCACCAUGGUGAUGAUGGUAUUGCGGCUCUUGAAAGCCUGAGAGAAGAGUUGGGGAAAUUCGAUCAGACGUACUGUGGGGCAUUAAAAGAUGCUAUUUUAAAACAUCCUUGGACGAUUUCUAACAGAUUAUAAUAUUUGGAAAUGUUUUUUAUAAAUAUAAUUCAAUUUUUAAGGCAGAAAUAUUUAUUGGCUUUAGAAGUACAUAAAUCAUUCUAGAGGCGUAUUUUAGGCCUAGGCUUUGAGAUUUCAAUUUAUUCUACCAUCCAUAAAGGAUUCCCGAAUAAAACAAGUUUGAGUUUUACUCACAUACAAUCCCUAGUUAAGGAAACUUGAAAGCCAUAAGCUAGAGGCAAUAAUUGCCAUGGCUACACAUGAGAAGACAGUCUACAUAUCAAAUGCGUAUUUACAUAAUAUAUUUAAUGCAUUUCUAUUACAACAAUAAAAAUAUUGCCAGCAUCAUUUA